AUGUCUGAAUUACAAUUGACAAUCUUAAAGACCUUGGAUUCCCAAGGUCCAAUCGCAAACACUUUGGAAACUUUCCCAAAUAAAACUUCUCAAGAAGUUCAAGCUGCUUUAAACUCUUUAUUAGCUCGUCAAAAAAUUACAUAUAAAAAUAUUGAUAAAGAACAAUGGAAUUUAACUCAAGAAGGUCAAGAUAUCGUUUCAAAUGGGUCCCAUGAAUAUAGAUUACUAGAGACCGUUUUAAAAUUAGAACAUUUGAAAAUUUCAGAAGUUGGUAAUGUCUUGGGUCCUGCUGGUAAAAUGGGUCAAGGUAAAGCUUUUAAAAAUGGUUGGAUUAGUAAAAAUGGUGAUGAAUUAAUUAUUAAUGAUAAAUUAGAUAAAUCCAACUUACCAAAUGAUGAAACUGCAUUAGAAUUAAAACAAUUACAAGAUCAAGGUACUUUAUCAGAUUCUAAAAAAUUAGCUGAUUUGAAAAAAAGAAAAUUAGCUACAGUUUCUAAAAUUCAGUCAUUUUCUGUAGAGAAAGGUCCUGAAUUUAGUUUAGAAAUUGAAAAAUUAGAAACUGAUAUCACAAGUGAUAUGAUUAUAAAUGGAUCAUGGGAAAAUGCUAAAUUUAAACCUUAUAAUUUUAAUUCUGAAGGUGUUUCUCCAGAUUCUGGUGCUUUACAUCCAUUAAUGAAAGUUCGUGAAGAAUUUAGACAAAUUUUCUUUUCUUUAGGUUUCAGUGAAAUGCCAUCAAAUCAAUAUGUUGAAACUGGGUUCUGGAAUUUUGAUACUUUAUUCGUUCCACAACAACAUCCUGCUCGUGAUUUACAAGAUACUUUUUAUAUUAAAGAUCCGCUAGUUGCAGGUGAACCUGAAGAUAAAAAAUAUUUACAAAACAUUAAAGCUGUUCAUGAAGGUGAUGCUUUUGAUUCAAUUGGUUAUAGAUAUCCAUGGAAUAUUGAAGAAAGUUUAAAAUUAGUCUUGAGAACUCAUUCAACUGCAAUUUCUUCUAAAAUUUUACAUGAUUUAGCUGCCAAUCCAGGUCCUGCAAGAUUAUUCUCUAUUGAUAGAGUUUUCAGAAAUGAAGCUGUUGAUGCUACACAUUUAGCUGAAUUUCAUCAAGUUGAAGGUGUCUUGGCUGAUUAUGAUUUAACUUUAGGUGAUUUAAUUGGAUUUAUGGAAGAUUUCUUCUCCAAAAUGGGUGUUACAAAUUUAAAAUUUAAACCAACUUAUAAUCCAUAUACUGAACCUUCAAUGGAAAUUUUCUCAUGGCAUGAAGGUCUUGGUAAAUGGGUUGAAAUUGGUAAUUCAGGUAUGUUUAGACCUGAAAUGUUGGAACCAAUGGGUUUACCAAAGAAUUUAAGAGUUUUAGGUUGGGGUUUAUCUUUAGAACGUCCAACUAUGAUUAAAUAUGGUGUUAGUAAUAUUAGAGAAUUAUUAGGUCAUAAAGUUAGUCUUGAUUUUAUUGAAACUAAUCCUGCUGCUCGUCUUGAUGAAGAUAUUUAG